AUCCACCACUUAUUACCAAAUACAUUUUUUUAUUUUGUGUUCAUCACCUUUGUUUGAUUUUCUAGCAAUUCAAACUUUUUAAGGAUCGAUAGCGCCGAUGCACUUUGGUUAGAAAAAAAAUUAGAUUUCAAGUUAACCUUUAAAUUUUGCCAUAUAAAUAAAUAUGACCAUGAAGUGAUAUUUUUAGUGCUGCCUUAUACAAGUUUACGUACGUAUUUCCACCAAAAUUGGCUGUGAUUUUUUCCAAAUUGUACGAAAUUAACAAAUACGCAAUGGCCAAGGAUGAGGAAGAUGAUAAGUUGCCAGAUAAACAUGCAGCCAAAGAAUUCUACGCUAAAUAUGAGCCAAAAGAAAUAUUAGGAAGGGGUAUCAGUUCCACUGUUCGAAGAUGCAUCGACAAAGAAACCGGAAAGGAAUACGCUGCCAAAAUUAUAGAUUUAAGCACAGAUAAUUCAGACGGAAUGUCCCUAGAUGCGACAAGACAAGAAAUAGCAAUUUUACGAUUAGUUGCAGGGCACUCCUACAUAAUUGAACUGCAGGAUGUAUUUGAAUCACCUACCUUCAUAUUCUUAGUGUUCGAAUUGUGCAAGAAUGGAGAAUUGUUCGACUAUCUGACGUCAGUUGUGGCCCUCUCUGAAAAAAAAACAAGGUAUAUAAUGAAACAGAUUUUCGAGGGAGUGAGCCACAUACAUUCGAAGAGUGUUGUACACAGGGAUCUCAAACCAGAAAAUAUUCUUUUAGAUGAUAAUUUGAAUGUUAAAAUUACUGACUUUGGUUUUGCUAAACAAAUUUUGGCUGGAGAGGAACUUCAUGAUUUAUGUGGAACUCCCGGAUAUUUAGCCCCAGAAACGCUCAAAUGUAAUAUGAUUGAAGAUGCCCCUGGAUACUCCUAUGAAGUAGACGCAUGGGCUUGUGGUGUUAUCAUGUAUACUCUAUUAGUUGGUUGCCCGCCCUUCUGGCACAGAAAGCAAAUGGUAAUGUUGAGGAACAUAAUGGAAGCGAAAUUUUCAUUUUCUUCACCAGAAUGGAACGAUAUAUCAGAUGCACCCAAAGAUUUGAUUUGUAAAUUGCUGGUAGUAGAUCCCAAGAAAAGGUUAUCAGUGGACGAAGCAUUGAAGCACCCCUUCUUCCAUACCGUGUUGUUUGAUCAAGAUAUAUCCACAUUGAAAUUGUCCCUUCGUAGAGACAGUAGAAGAUACAGUUUGAUUUCACAAAUAGCUGCGAAUAUUCACCAUAGAGUAUUUGACCCUAGACAGAAAUUCAAGUGGGCCAUCAAGGUAGUACAAGCAGUGGUACGAAUACAAAGGCUUAAAUAUACACCAGAACCUCUAAGUGUAGAAACGGCAAAAAUCGAUCCAUAUACCAUGAGACUUUUGAGAAAGGUGGUUGAUGGAUGUGCCUUUAGAGUUUAUGGUCACUGGGUUAAGAAAGGCGAAGGUCAAAAUAGAGCUGCUCUCUUCGAGAAUUAUCCCAAAACAGAUCUUAAGCAAAUUUAUGUGAAUAAUUUGAACAAUUGCACAUAACGAUGAUUGUGUUCUACUAGGCAAUUGAACUGUAAAACUUAGUUAAAAUGUGAUUAUCCUUACUGAAUAAAUAUUAAUUUAAUGAA